CACAGAUCAUGUGCCUCCGCGUUCAGCCACUGGCUCGGCUCUCUUCUCCCUGCUGCAGGAAGUCUAGCUUGUUAUUCUUUAUACCCCCUCCUCCACCUCUCCUCUUCUCCUCCAUUCGCCCUCCAUUCUUUUCUUUCCUCUUAGAGCCUGACACCCCCAUUCACUCACACCAUUUCUCUCUGCGCAUUCGCUCUCUCUGCCUCCUGCUCUGUUAGGCGAAAGAGAGAGAGCUGUGUCUGUGUUGUCGUGCUGUAGCCCAGGCUGAAAGAAAGAGACAGAGGACGGCUCGUGAGAAGAGGAACUGUCACUACAGUGCACCGAAGGAGAGGAAGAUAAGGAAGAAAGAAGAGGAGGAAAGGAGAGGCCCCCACUGAGGCUAGGAGAUCCAGGGGCAGCCAAGUGAGAGCCAGCCAGGGAGGGAAGAAGAGGCCCCCACUGUACCUAGGAGAUCCAGGGAAAACCCUGGUAAAACCAGCCAGGGAGAGAAGAAGAGGCCCCCACUGUACCUAGGAGAUCCAGGGAAAGCCCUGGUAAAACCAGCCAGGGAGGGAAGAAGAGGCCCCCACUGUACCUAGGAGAUCCAGUGAAAACCCUGGUAAAACCAGCCAGGGAGAGAAGAAGAGGCCCCCACUGUACCUAGGAGAUCCAGGGAAAACCCUGGUAAAACCAGCCAGGGAGAGAAGAAGAGGCCCCCACUGUACCUAGGAGAUCCAGGGAAAACCCUGGUAAAACCAGCCAGGGAGAGAAGAAGAGGCCCCCACUGUACCUGGAGAUCCAGGGAAAACCCUGGUAAAACCAGCCAGUGAGAGAAGAAGAGGCCCCCACUGUACCUGGAGAUCCAGGGGCAGCCAAGUGAGAACCAGCCAGACCAGGUGGUCAUGGAGGCCCAGGUGAGGGAUCUAUCCCUCCUGUCUCCCCUGGGUACCAACGAGUCCCUCCCUCCCCCCACCUUGACCCCGGCUGUACCCCCUUACGUGAAGCUAGGUCUCACUGUGGUCUACACCGUCUUCUACUCCCUGCUGUUCCUCUUCAUCUAUCUACAGCUGUGGAUGGUGCUGCGCUACAAACACAAGAGGUUCAGCUACCAGACAGUGUUUCUCUUCCUGUGUCUGCUGUGGGCUGCGUUGAGGGCCGUCCUCUUCUCCUUCUACUUCAGAAACUUUGUGACAGCCAACACACUGGGACCAUUCCCCUUCUGGCUGCUCUACUGUUACCCUGUAUGCCUGCAGUUCUUCACCCUCAGCCUCAUGAACCUCUAUUUCGCACAGGUUGUGUUCAAGGCAAAAUCGAAACAUGCACCAGAGCUUCUGAAAUACAGGUUACCCCUGUACCUCCUCUUCCUGACCAUCAGUAUGGUGUUCCUGGUAGUAAACCUGACCUGUGCCCUGCUAGUGAGGAUGAGCACCACAGAGACCCAGACCAUUGUACUGAUCAGAGUUACCAUCAACGAUACACUGUUUGUCCUGUGUGCCAUCUCCCUCUCCCUCUGCCUCUACAAGAUCGCCAAGAUGUCCCUGGCUAAUCUCUACCUGGAGUCCAAGGGAACCUCAUUGUGCCAGGUGACAGCUAUAGGAGCCACAGUCACCCUGCUGUAUACAUCCAGAGCCUGUUACAACCUGCUGGUUCUGGCCCUCACCAACGUGAAGAGCAUCAACUCCUUCGACUACGACUGGUACAAUGUAUCUGACCAGGCAGACCUGCAGUCGACCCUGGGAGACGCGGGGUACAUUGUGUUUGGGGUGAUUCUGUUUGUCUGGGAGCUGCUGCCAACCUCUCUGGUCGUCUACUUCUUCAGGGUCCGACAGCCUCACCAGGACAAGAGUGGGACGGGACUCCCAGGACACGUCUUCUCGUCCAGGGCCUAUUUCUUUGACAACCCUCGACGUUAUGACAGUGAUGACGACCUGGUAUGGAGCAUCAUCCCUCAGGACGUACAGGCCAGUUUGACAGCAGACAGCUAUGAUUGCAGCAGCAGCAGCACAGCCCUGCCCCCAGAGGAGCUCAACCCUUAUUGAAGACUUUCUAUUGGCCCUGAACCUUAUUUAAGAGCUCUGAUUGGUCCGGAACUUUUACAAGAGCUCCUAUUGGUCCGGAGCUCUUUUUGAAGUCUUCCUGUGGGCCCUUUCUCUUUUUUUUUUGCACACGCCUACACUGAUGACCUCACACGAGGGCCUCGGAUCGAGACACAGGGGUGAAUAUCAUCAAGGACUUUAUUCAUUCUAUUUUCUACUAGUUUGAUCAAUAAAGUCAACAUAUUUUCCAAAGGGCAGUAAGUAUUGAGAUGAUGGUCUUAGGGGGCAUACAUACUUGCACAAACAAAUCUGAAUAUGUAAAAAGGUUUAUAAUCAAGGUGUACAACAUUGGCAGCUAAGAGCUGAAUUGCACUGUACAGUCCAUCAGAAUAUGCAUUACCUGAAUUAACUAUUUUAAAACAUGUUUACUGUUUAGAAGCCAACAUGACGUAUGCAAUAAUUCAUUUACAUGUAUUUCCUAAUCUUGUAUGUAAAAUGUAUCCAUUUAUAUUCUCAAUGUCUCCUUUUCAUGUUUUUAACACAAGCAGCUAAAAUGGUUUAUAGGCAUUAGUUAUCUUUGCUGAGGGAGGAGAUGUACUGUACAUGUGUUCUGGUCUUUACAAUCCUCUCUCACAUUGGAGUCUCCAUAAUAAAAAACUAUUUUAUAAAACA